GAGGUCAAGCUUGGGCGCUCUCACAAAACCAGUGCCACUCUGGUGUCUUCGACUUUGCUGGCUUCGCCUUUCCCAAACCUGUUUUUUGCCGCUCGCGGCCCCACUGCGUUCUCGACAGGCCGCGCCCACCCACCGGCCGACUUGGCCCCGCCUACCUUGGGCCCACUGGGGGCGGAGCCUGCGGCGCCUCGCUGACGUCACUUCCAGCGGACACGGAAGCGCCGUUGUCGGCAGGCAGCUUUAGUUAGGAUGUCGUGAUGGGACCGCGCUCAGCGUAACCCUCUGGCCGACGUGGGCCGAGGGGCCGGCCCGGGCUGCUGUGGCCCAGACGAGCGGAGAGUGCGGAGCGGCUUCUGGGCCAGCGCUAACGAGCCCUGGCAGUGUGCACCUCUGGUGCCAGUGUCGCCCCGCCUCCGGGGUAGAAUCCGCCCCAGCCCUCCGGGCCUGGGACCCGGCGGCCGCUUUCGCCAGUCCGUCCGGCCGUUCCGCAUUAGGUCCAGGAUAACUAGGUGGAGUAGGUGUGCGGCCCGCCGCCGGACAGCCCGCUCGCUGUUUCUUUAAGCCCCCGCCUGCGUCUUCACGGCCCUCUCCCGUUCUGCUGGAAAGCUGACGUGGGGCAAUCCGUUCAGACCCUCCAUGGAGAAGUUUGGGAUGAAUUUCGGGGGCGGCCCGAGCAAGAAAGACUUGCUGGAGACUAUAGAGACGCAGAAGAAGCAGCUUCUCCAGUACCAGGCACGGCUCAAGGAUGUGGUCCGUGCCUAUAAAAGCCUGCUGAAGGAGAAAGAGGCAUUAGAGGCCAGCAUCAAGGUGCUGUCGGUAUCCCACGAGGCAGAUGUGGGCCUCGCAGGUGUCCAGCUUCCAGGCCUCACCUUUCCUGACUCUGUGGAUGACCGGUGCUCCACUCACAGCGAGGAUAGCACUGGGACCGCCACUAGCUUGGAUACUGCGGCCAGUCUCACCAGCACCAAGGGUGAGUUUGGGGUAGAAGAUGACAGACCGGCCCGUGGACCACCACCUCCAAAGUCCGAAGAGGCCAGUUGGUGCGAGAGUGGCAUUAGCAGUAGCAGUGGGGAUGGGCCAUUUGCAGGUGGGGAGGUGGACAAAAGACUGCACCAGCUGAAGACUCAGUUGGCUACUUUGACCAGUUCUUUGGCCACAGUCACUCAGGAGAAGUCCCGCAUGGAGGCUUCUUACUUGGCUGACAAGAAAAAGAUGAAACAGGACUUAGAGGAUGCCAGUAACAAGGCGGAGGAGGAGAGGGCCCGCCUAGAGGGAGAAUUGAAGGGGCUGCAGGAGCAAAUAGCAGAAACCAAAGCCCGGCUUAUCACGCAGCAGCAUGAUCGGGCCCAAGAGCAGAGUGACCAUGCCUUGAUGCUGCGUGAGCUCCAGAAGCUGCUGCAGGAGGAGAGGACCCAGCGCCAGGACUUGGAGCUUAGGUUAGAAGAGACCCGAGAAGCCUUGGCAGGACGAGCAUAUGCAGCUGAACAGAUGGAAGGAUUUGAACUGCAGACCAAGCAGCUGACCCGUGAGGUGGAGGAGCUGAAAAGUGAACUGCAGGCCAUUCGAGAUGAGAAGAAUCAGCCAGACCCCCGGCUGCAAGAACUUCAGGAAGAGGCUGCCCGCCUUAAGAGCCAUUUCCAGGCUCAGUUACAGCAGGAAAUGAGAAAGACAGCUCUUGCAGAGGAUCAACUCCGUCAGCAAUCUAAGGUAGAAGAACAGAGGGUGGCAGCCCUGGAGAAUCAAAUAUCCGAGGUGUCUGAGCUGCUAGGCACCUACGAGAAAGCCAAGCAGAAGGACCAGCUGGCCAUUCAGAAGCUGAAGGAGCGCAUUCUGCAGCUGGACCUGGAGAACAAGACACUGGCUCUAGCAGCCUCCAGCAGGUCCCCUUUAGACAGCCAUGGAGAGGAGUCCAGUCUGGAUGUCAAUGUCCUGAAAGAUAAGAUGGAGAAGCUGAAGAGGCUGCUGCAGGUUGCGGCCAGGAAAAGCCAGGUGACCCUGGAUGUGGAGAAGCUCUGUGACCUGGAGAUAAUGCCCAGCUCGGAGGCUGCUGAUGGGGAGAAGGCUACUGCACUCUAUUACCAACAGGAGCUGAAACAGCUGAAGGAAGAGUUUGAGAGGUACAAGAUGAGAGCCCAGGUCGUCCUCAAAAGCAAGAAUACCAAAGAUGGUAACCUGGGAAAGGAGCUGGAGGCAGCCCAGGAACAGCUUGCAGAGCUGAAGGAGAAGUAUAUUUCCCUGCGGCUCUCCUGCGAGGAGCUGGAGCACCAACACCAGCAGGAGGCUGAUGACUGGAAGCAGGAGCUGGCCCGGCUGCAGCAGCUCCACCGGCAGGAGCUGGAGCGGUGCCAGCUGGACUUCAGGGACCGCACACUGAAACUGGAGGAGGAGCUGCACAAGCAGCGGGAUCGUGCCCUAGCUGUGCUCACCGAGAAGGACUUGGAACUGGAGCAACUGCGUUCUGUGGCCUUGGCCUCUGGGCUGCCAGGACGCAGAAGUCCUGUGGGUGGUGGCGGUCCUGGGGACCCAGCUGACACAUCAUCCUCUGAUAGCCUGACCCAAGCAUUACAACUUGCAGCGGCCAAUGAGCCCACUUUCUUUCUGUACGCUGAGCAACUGGCCCGCAAGGAGGUGGAGAUCACAUCACUGAGGAAGCAGAAGCACAGGCUGGAGGUCGAGGUGCAUCAGCUGCAGGAUCGGCUGCUGGAGGAGGGCGAACGGCAUCGCGAGGAGGUUGCAGCCCUGCAGAGCCACAUCGAAAAGAACAUCAGGGACCAGAGCAGGGAGGGAGCCAAUCUGGAGUACCUCAAAAACAUCAUCUACCGCUUCCUGACCUUACCUGACUCCCUGGGCCGCCAGCAGACUCUCACAGCCAUACUGACUAUCUUGCACUUCAGUCCAGAGGAGAAACAAGUGAUAAUGCGACUCCCAACCAGUGCCAGCUGGUGGCCUUCUGGCAAGAGAUGAUGCCAUUUUCAUGAAUUCCUGGAAUUUCUGUGCCUCUUUUAUGUGGGAAAGGGCAGGCUCUGGUUUCUGCUGCCUCUUCUCUUACAUUGCCAUUUAUUUCUUCACUGUGUUGAGCUGGGAGGGGUCUUCAAUGUGGGAAGGGAUUUUCUGCCAAAUGCCAUUAAUGCUGCUUUAUCCUUAGGCCCUAGAGAUACUGAAAGUCCUGGGGCAGUAUCUUCUGAUGGUGUGCAUGUGAGGAGAAGAUGAGGUUAGGACUGAGAAGGGCAGAAGUUGGAACAGUGGUAAGGCUGUUUUAAAAUAAGAUGUUUUGUUUUAAUAAUAUGCUCCUGGCACAAAGCUAGGAGUAAAUGUGACUCCAAAGGGAGUUCAGUUAAUCUCUGAAAUGCACAAAACCUAGCUAUUUUCUCCCUCUCAUCACAGUCUGAGUCUGGUCCAUUGCUGCCCCAAUUCUCUGGGGACAUAAAACCAGGCUGGAAAGGGACCAGGAAGUUUGAAAUAGUGACAUAUCAUCCACUAGUCCCAAGGGCUAAGGAAUAGUGAGUUUAUUCUGGAAGGAACUGGGAAGCUUAGUCUAGUUAGUGCCUGGGGAUGACCUAUGCAAUCACACCGCUUAUGACCAUCCUAGAGAGGGCCCUGAGCACCAGCUUGAUCUUAGGGAUUUCCUAAGUAACCUGCUUUUUGCCUGGAUAGGGUUAAAAUAGACCUUUCUUGCCUAUCCUUGCCUUAACCUAUCUGCCUGAGGUUGGCCUGAGAUUGUGAGUCAACGACUUCGCUAUCUUUUCCUCAGUGUUGAACUUUCAUUAAGAAAUAAAGUCCUAGCUUCUUACAGAGAGGGGUCCAAAUGGUGAAUGCUCAUCCUGCCUGGAUUCAAGGAAUUAGCUCAGAGAUUGGCCCCUAGCUUUUCUGCCUUUGUAGGGACAGCAAAAGGGGAAAAUUUGCUGCAGAAAAUUCCAAAAGAUUGCUGUAGCUCUCACAAGGAAGUGGUAAAGAUCAGCUAAACCUGGGUUGGGGUGCUUUCUGCCCAGUGGGUCUUGGCAUAAGUAGAUUAAUCCUGCUCUUUUAAGAAAAGGCAACUUAUUCAGGCAGUCUGGAAAGGGGGUUCUCAGAAAACUCAGUUUCUUUGUUCCUUCUUUUCUCCCAACUACUCUUACUGGUUAUAGAGGUCUUUGGACUCUAAAGACCAAUGUUUGGCCACUAACUGGACUAAUAUGUAUCUUUCUGUGAUUUCAUCAUAGAGGUCUGUUUUGUGAGGGUUUGGGGUGCAGAAAACUUUGAUUAAAUCUUAAUGGGAGGCUGGGUGACCUGGAUUAUCUACAGUGAGCAGACUUAAAUGGAACAGAAGUUUAUGUGUCCAAAUGAUGGAAUCAUUAAACCUGAGUGACUUGA